UGAACGGGUAUUAGGCAACAAUCAAUAGCGAGGAGCACUUGUCACCUGUGCCGAACCGGCUUUCCACGUAACGAAGUCGAUGGAUUAGAACGCUUUCAUUGUGCUCUGGGCUCCCACACGCCAGUCCCCGAGCAAGACCCCGCAAGAUCUGGGUGGAUAUUAUUGAUGAUGUCGCGCUCAAAGAACGAAGUUCGGUUCGAAGACAGUAUGUCGAGUGGACGAACCAGCCCCGGCAGUGGGACGGGGAGCGACAAGACCAGAUCCGAUGAGUCCAGAGACAGUAUCAACAUCGGAGAUACAACUCCCAGAGGGAUUCUCAAGUCUGGAAAUGACUCGGACGACGGCAGUUUCAGGACUCGACAGAGUGAUUUUGACUCUGACGUGUUCCAUGGAUUCUCAAAAUCCUUCCUGCCGGGUCUGCACGACUGGACGACCUGGCGAACGCAGAUCAACGACGCUAUGAUCGACCUGAUGGAAGAACGCCACCGUAUCUUCAGCUACCCCGGCUCCGUCCGCCACCUCAGGAAGCACAGCCGAGUCUUCAAGAACCUCACGGAGCCCAACUUCGGCGUCCCUUCCGUGAUCUCGGAAUUUGCUCUGGAUCGUGCAGUCCAUGACUACAUCCAUGGGGACGAGGGACUCAUACUGGAGGCACCUGCCUUCGUCAGUUUCGGGAUACCGAGGGUGAAGAUCCGCACCAACACGACGUACACGAGUCCGAGCAAGAAAUCAGGAAGGACAUCAACCAGUAAUACGUCAAUCCAGUACUCUGCUCGGUACAGCGAGUCAGAGUUGCAGAGGUCCAAGCUGAACGCUCGAUACUACAGAGGUAUUCCGAAACGAGCGGUUGACCAGACAGUUGUGAUAGUUGCGCCUGUUGGUGAUAAAGCAAUCGGCAAUGAUAACCACGAAAUGGAGACCUUGUGUGCAACUAUGGAUUUCGUGGACGAGGAAGAGGAAUUUAUCUAAAGUCUGAAUAAUUUGUGGAUUGCAAGGAAAUAGCCAUUGCGAGGUGCAAGGAAAUUAACCAUUGCAAAGAAUUCAUGGUGCUAUAGACCCUAAUGUUGAUGAUGAUCAUGGACAAGAGGUCAUCGAUUUCUUGCCAGUUAGAUCAAAGGCUGGUUCUCACAUCGGUCAAUAAUGUGGAGGAGAGAACAAGAAAAAACCUUCCUACAAUUGGUGGUCGAUAAUACCACCUAUCUUUUUCUAUAAUUGUAUAUAUUCACUUCAUAUUUUCCUAACAUGUUGCACGAUGUUAAAAUUGAAAAAAGAACCAAAACAUCUUUAUAGCAAUUAGAAUUAAAUGUGUUCGAUAUACGUUGUAAUAAAAAUGUUUUUGAACUCA